AUGUUAGCAGUGAUGCAGAUGGAUGCUAACAGGCAGAGUGCUUUCGUGCUGGGUAGCACCCCGCUGGCUGCUCUGCAUAACAUGACCGAGAUGAAGAGUUCGCUGUUCCCGUACACCCUGCAAAAUCCCGCCGGCUUCAAAGCUCCAUCUUUUACCAACCUCAACUCACAGCUGCCGCUGGGCACGCCGCACGGAAUUAGUGACAUUCUAGGAAUGCCAAUCACCACGGCGGGACAACUGCUGUCCAGCUUUCCACGGAUAAACGGCCUGGCCACCUCUGCCGGGAUGUACUUUAACCCCGCCGCGAUGUCGCGCUACCCUAAACCGCUGGCUGAGCUGCCCGGCAGAGCGCCCAUCUUUUGGCCCGGGAUGGUGCAAAGUUCACCCUGGAGAGAACACAGACUACCCUGUCCUGCACAAGCACAUUUAAUGUUGGACAAAGACGGGAAGAAGAAACACUCCAGACCAACUUUCUCCGGACAGCAAAUAUUCGCCCUUGAGAAAACUUUUGAACAGACCAAGUACCUGGCGGGUCCGGAGAGAGCGCGGCUCGCUUACUCUCUGGGAAUGACUGAGAGCCAAGUCAAGGUCUGGUUUCAGAACAGAAGGACCAAGUGGCGCAAGAAGCACGCAGCAGAAAUGGCCAGCGCUAAAAAGAAACACGACUCGGAGACAGAAAAGAUGAAGGAAAGCUCGGAUAAUGAGGAGGACGAUGAAUACAACAAACCUCUAGAUCCCAACUCAGACGAUGAAAAAAUUACAAGACUGCUGAAAAAGCACAAGUCAGCGAGUCUGGCAUUGAUGAGCCCAAGCAGCAGCAGUUCGGACACGUUGUGAUAGUGAUGAGCUGCUGAUUCUGAGCACUGACUGUGAAUCUAAAACACUUAAGCAGGGUAAACAUGGACUACUGAGCCACUACUGCUGUCCAAGCGCAACUCAACUGCUCUAGACAUUUUCUACCCACUAAAUUAUCUCAUUCAGUUCAGAAGGACAUGGACACCAUGCACUCAGCUUUAUGUGGCAGAUUUUCUUUCUGUUUUCUCGCAAAAAAAGAACUUGAGCUGAUACGUGGCGCACAACUGCAGCAGCUGUAAAUUAUAUUGUAAAUAGAAUUUGUUCUAACAGUUUUAACAGUAUCUUCUCCGGCCGGGUCUUUUCAUUCAAUGAAAUCUACCGCCCAUUGUACUAAAACUGAUC